UGGAAUAAUUUCCUCAAUCUUUCUCUCUUAGUAUGAAUAUCAGCAUCAUCAAAGCCCACCGAAAGGUUUACAUCAAUCCCAUUUAAAUUUCCUCAUACUAUAUAUGUUCAAAUCUAAGACAAAUUAAGCCAAAGAAAAAUUAAGCAGAGAGAAAAAUCUCAGAUAAACCAUGGAGGAGAUAAAUCCAAUAUCUAUAAUCCGUCAAGGGUGUAAGUUAGCAAGAGAACUUGAAGCAAACCUACCAAACCUCACUGACCAGCACAACAUGCUCUUAACAUCCUGUGUUGAAAUCAUAAAGGUUUUCAAUACAGCAAGGGAACGACUAUACACUACUCAAUAUCGGGACCCCAUGUCACACAACCCCAUGAACAUGCUAAUCCGACAACCACAGGAGUCACAACAGACUCAGAUUGAAGCAGCUGCUGAUCUGCAGGGAUGGCUAAGGUCUAAUUACACCCCAGCAAUGGACAUAUUUCAAUUACAACUUCAAGCUGAUCAAAGCAGGAACCCAUUUGAGACGCAGAAAUUGGGGUCCGAUGUCCAUGUUGCAGCAGCUGGAAGAGAUCAUGCGGAAGCUUCUGCACGAUCUAGGAGCACAGGAGGAGGAGAGUUUCCGGUUCCACCAAUUGACGUAUCAGAUUCGGGUACUGGUAAUUCAUCCUCACAAAGACAGCGAAGAAGGAGGGAUGAUGGGGAGAGACGGACAUUGACGGUGCCUGUACCUCGGAUUGGAAAUACUGAGAUUCCACCGGAGGACGGCUUUACAUGGAGGAAAUACGGCCAGAAAGAGAUACUUGGCUCAAAAUACCCAAGAGGUUACUUUAGGUGCACCCACCAGAAGUUAUACCAAUGCCCAGCCAAGAAACUCGUGCAGAGGCUGGAUGACGAUCCCUACAUGUUUGAAGUGACAUAUCGAGGUGGUCACACAUGCCACAUGUCAUCCACGGCACCAUCAAUUCCACCACCACCUGAUCAAAUUUCACAUGACAUUGCCCAAUUUAUAGCUUCCCAGCCUCUACCAUCUAGUUCAGUUCCUCUAAGCAGUUGGCUCUCAAUGGACAGUCUAGGAAGGGGAGGAAGUGGUAGUGGUGCGGGUCCUUCCACCACACGAAGUGGCAAAGAAGUUGAAUUCCCGGUUGCAGAUAUGGCUGAUGUAAUGUUUAACUCAGGCAGCAGUAGUAGCAAUAGCAUGGAUUUUCUAUUCCAAGCCCCCGAAGAUGUUAAAUGGAAGCCAGGUGACAAACAAGGUUGAUCGAUGGACUAACAGGAAAUUUAAUAAUUUUGUGGAGCUGAUUAUGAUUUAUUUCUUCCUAUUGCACCUUUUACUUUUGGUAGUAAAGUAGAUCAAGCAUAUUUAGAGGUAAUAAAAUUCGAACCAUCCAUUUAUCGGCAACUUCAAGUAUGGGCAGAUCAAAAUUUUGGAACCGCACUUUGUGUAAACUUGGUGGUCAUAAAUGUCCACCUUACAUUACAUUAUAGUUAUUGAUCAUAUAUAGGAAGAGGUCUACACUAUACAAUGAGCUUUGUAUGCAUACCUGCCAGACUGACUGCUGCAAAUGGAUUUCCUUCUCCAUACUUGGGAAAGAAAGUAGCUAGGUAACCAAUCCUAAAGAUUUAUUAUCCGGCAACUUCUUCUUGUUAGGUCAACCUUAAUUGAGUUUUUCAGGGAUGUAACUAAUUAUUUGCUAACUUUUGUACCAUUUUAAUAUACUAUGUUUUUCAUGUGGCUUUUA